GCCUCCGGUCGCGUCGGUCGGGAGUAGCCCCACUUCCGCAGGAAGUUCGCGAUUCUGCCAAAGUCCAGUGCCGUGCGUAGUUCACAAGUUUCCAGAGAGCUGAGCCGAGACGCCGAGCGGCGCGCUACCCAAUAGCAGUGCCAGAUCUGUCCAGCGCCAGUCCUGCUAAGCCGUCAAGACGGGCGGCCUAUUGUCAUCCAAAACCGCGGGAGUCGGGAGUCAAACCGGUCUUGAGGACUGCUUAAAACAACACGAGAACUUCAAUUAUCUUCCAGGAUUGAUUUAUUGCAACGCAACCUACGAUGGUUACCUGUGUUGGGCUCCCGCCCUGGCGGGAGCGACUUCUCUGCAACAUUGCCCGCUCCAACGCCUCAGUGACGGCACCCAGCUGUCUUAUCGCCGUUGUAGUGAUAAUGGGUUAUGGAUGGGACGGCGCGAGAACGAGACGAGUGUAAACGGUUGGACCAAUUACACGUCUUGCUUUCCGACGCAAGCGCAGGUUUUGCUCAUGAAAGUUUACGACAAUAACAACAUAGAGGACGCGCAGACUAAGUUCGAAGUUGCCCAAAAUACACGUUAUUUGGAAUUUGCUGGAUUCACAUUGUCACUGGCCGCUUUGCUAGUAUCUCUCUCUGUAUUCCACGCUUACCGAUGCCUGCGAAAUAUUCGUACUAGGAUACAUCAAGGAUUAUUCAUAGCGAUAUCAAUACAAGUUGUGAUACGAUUAAUGAUAUAUAUCGACCAGGCAUUAAUAAGGAAGUACGCAUGGUACACUGGAUUCGAGGACAUUGCACCGGUUUGCAUCUCGCUAUAUAUACUUCUGGAGACCGCUAUCAACUCAAUGUUUACAUGGAUGUUGAUAGAGGGUCUGUACUUGUACAAGGUGGUCAUUGCCAACACCUUAAGGACCACUGUCAACUUCCGUUUGUAUAAUAUCAUUGGUUGGGGAGCACCAGUUUUCGUGACGUCAGUCUGGGCGACGUGCACCGCUGCCUACUAUAACAAAGAACCGACGGAUAUUUGCUGGUAUGGAUACAAUUUUCAGCCGUUAUUCUGGAUAGUUCAAGGACCGCGGCUUGCCGUCAUAGUGGUUAACAUGAUAUUCCUUAUAUGCAUUAUGAGGAGUCUUAUAAUAAAGCUGCAGCAACAAGCUUGCAACGAGUUGCAAACUGUCAGGAAAGCCACGCGCGCGGCACUAGUGCUGCUUCCACUCCUCGGCAUCACAAACGUGCUGUCUCUGGUGGACGCUCCAUUGGACCACCGCGUCGGGUUCGCCGUCUGGAGCUACGUCAGCCACGUCCUACGCUCGUUCCAGGGCUUCUUUAUCGCAUUGACUUAUUGCUUCUUGAACGGAGAGGUUCGAGAAGUACUUGUGCGGUCGUAUAUGGCUGCGCAUGAACAAGUGAACCGUUCCCGUCAGAACCGCCCGCAAGACCGCUCCAACCUGUAUCACUUCAGGUUCACCGACCGAGGGCGGGAGGGGACUACUGCUCAAUUUGUUUUUGGGGCAGCUCCCGAAGAGCCUAGAGAGAGCCGGUGCACCCCGGGACGAUGGUGGCGACUCUUUGUCAAUUGGGUUGCGACUGUUUGUUCUUCGUGCUGUAAAAACUCCGUCGAUAUGACGGAGUCAGCCGAACACAGGGCCGACGAAGACUCGAUGACUAACGUUUCCCCAUCGGCUGCCAACGGAGACGAUGCUGGGGCUGGCCCCUCCACUUCGGACAGACCGGUGCAGCACAGGGUGGACUGGGACGAGACGUCACUAAGCAGCAGUUCCAGCAGCUUCGUGGCCGCCGGCGGACAUCGCAACCUGCGUACCAUCCCGGGCACCCCGCCGCCCAGCCGACAACAUCUCUUGUUCCGCCCGCCCAUGCGUCCCGCCCGCCCUUGCGCCUUCCCGCGCGUCGUGCGCCCUCGCAACCGCAGCGACAGCCUUCCGCUGGCCGUUUUCGUACCUAGACCCCUCGGUCUGGCUCGCCCAACCGUCCCCCCGCCACCCCCCGCUGCAGGCCCCUCCGACGCCGCCGCCGCUGCCGCCGCCAACGCCCGCGCUGAAAACUGCGGCCUCUACUACAUCGACGAUGAGCUGGACGAUGAAGUCUUCUUGCCAGGAGCAUAACUACUCGAUUGCGCCAACCACGGAAUCAUCUUUUCGAUCAUAGCCUCAUUCACCGCGCUCAUCAUUUACGCCUACUGUAUGCGCUAAAUUAUCAUGCUAUGUCGGCUUAUGCUGGUUUAGGAUUCAGUGUAUACCCCGCUAUAUUAAGGGGCUUCGAUGUUAGUAGGUUAGGUACCUAGUGUAGGUACUAGAUGUAAGGUUUUUUCAUCUCAAUAUGCUUGAAGUAGAAAAUAGAAGUUAGUUACGUAGUUGUAGGCAGUUCAGUCUGAAUUAUAUUUAGAUACGUAGGCAUUUUCAAAUCUUUGCAGUUAGUAUUACUUACUAACUUAUUUAUUAACUAGGUAUAAUUUCAUUAUAGAUGAUGGCAUCGGCAUACUUGUAAUGUAGUGUUGGAUCCAUAUUUAUUUAUCGCAUAACGCGUAGUAGAUACCUAAUGGUAUAAAAAGAACUUUCUGGUCUCAUAAUAUUAGAAUAUACCAGAUUACUUACCUGCAUAAUGGGUAAGUAGGUAUUAGGCAUAAAAUAUGUCAGUAGGUUAGGAUAAUUCAGUAGUGUUUCACUUCUAGUCCAUAUUGCAGCUAUGGUACCCAGGUACCAUGUACCCUGCUCUUGUAGCUCUAUCUAUCUUUUUCUCCCUUUACUUCAUAUUUUAUAUACUUUUUUAUGAAUAUAAAUAUACAUUAUGUAUUACAUUUAACCCAUCCAUAAUUUAAUCCAUAUUAAAGUAAGUUACCAUUUUCUAAUAAGAAAAACAAAAUUAUUUUGGAAUAAAUAUGAUAGUGUGAUAUUUUGAUAUACUUCCACUGUAUUUUUUGCUAUCUAAAUUAUUAUUUAUAAAAUAAGAAAUGAGAAGGACUGUAUAUGGUGCAUUCUAUGAGAUAAUGUAAAAAAGCUAACUUUUCUAAAGAAAAUAUUUUUUUAAAUCUUAACAAAACGACUACGUAGGUGCUCUAAAAAAAUAUUGGAUCAAUUUUGUAUACUUACCUAUGUACUUUCAGAAACCUUAUUAAUCACAUACUACAUUAGAUAUAGUCACUGUGAUUAUCAUUAUUUAUUAUUCGCAAACAGGUAUGAGAGGCAUAAAUACAGCUGUCUAAGCAUGAUAAAAUUAUAAUAUAUUUUAGGUUUAUAAUUUUAGGUUUGCAAGGACCAUACCUAAUCUUAAUUUUAUUAAAAAACUUUUCUUUAGUUUCCAUAAUAAUUAAUAUACAUAUACUUACUUAAUACAUUAUACUUGACAUUGUUGUAUAAUUUUACUCCCACUUUUGUAAUAAGUAUUGUUUUAGGUUGAUUUUAUAUGACAAUAUUAAAUAUUAAUGUAAGAUUAGUACCUAUUUAGUUUUAAUAAUUUAA